AUGGAACAUAUUUUGCAAGACCCUGACUCCACAAAAAGGAGAAUCUCUGCACGCCAGGCCGAGGGAGUGAGGAAGCCUGCAGCCCAGUGUCCGUGCUGCAAGGACAGCCAGGUGCCACAUUCGAAGCGAAAGCGCCCGCACUCUGCUGCCCGUGGCGACCGUCCCCAGAAGCGGAAGCGGACCUCCGUGGCCCGCCCUCCCAAACCCUCUGCUGAGAAUCCAGCGUCGGAGGUGUCGAACUGGGGUCCUUCUCCCCAGCCUUCCACCCCAGCUGUUGACAUCGCAGGGUUAUUGGGUUUGGUCCCGAAGCUUGAGGCCACCAUCUCGCCAUCUGACCUGCCGGUGGCGUCAACCGUGGCCCCCAGCCUCCAGCCCUCUGCUGUUCUGCCGCACCACGACGAGCCUCUAAAGAUACACAACCGCUCUGUGGAAGAGUACCAGCAGAUCUACCAUGAGGUUGUAGAUGACAUGCUGAGGUACAAGAGCGGCAAGCUGCGUCCAUACAGUUUAGAUCUGGGACGUCGCAUCAAGCAGAAGCUGUGGGAGAGACUGGACCGUCCCACGUUCAGCGAGACGGUCGCUGAAGACGGCCGGGUGCAUGUGGACGUCUCCUACGGGGUCGGAGUCUAUCCUCCUCUUUAUGAGGUGGACAUUUCGGGAGAACCCGAGCCCGAGACACCCCCAAGGAAAAGAGCUAAUAAGUCAAUCAUUGUCAAAUCUGUACAUAAUGUCGGAGAUUCAGUUUAA